GAGAACCGCCUUCAGGCGUUUGGACUCAGUGGAGGUUGUGAGUGCACAGCAGUGUGGCCUGAAUCUCCGUGGGGUUUAGGGAGACUAAAGGACCCCAGAUCGACGUCCCCUCGUUCCCACUUUGGGGAUCGGCACUCUGGCUGUUUCGUGAAGGAGAGAGAGGUUGAUUCCAUACCCUGGCUAUUGUGAAUAAUGCUGCAGUGAACAUGGGAGUACAUACAUCUGUUUGAGUGAUUUAUGUAUGAGACACUGAAGAAACAUCAUUAGAGAAUAAAAGAAGAAUCCCUGGAGCUAUCGUUCUAGUUUGGGGAAACUGGCAAUAAGCAGGAACUCAGAGUGGUUUUCCAGAUGGGAAUCACAUUGCUCUCUGUCCCUGAGAUCUUGCUGGAGACAGGGCUACUCAGUCCCUCUUUGCCAGGUAAUCUGUUCCAGAAGAAACAUGUGUCGUUCUGACUGAGCCCCUGCCUGUCUGUCACCUUAAGAGCCAGUCAAUUCAUAUGGUCCCCAUAUCAAAGUCUACUGUGCCCAGAGAGAGGAUUUCAUUUCAACCAUCACCAUCACCACCAUCAUCAUCAUCACCAAGAGAGAAGUGAUGACUGUUACCUAAGCCAAACAGCACAAUUGCCAUAGAGUCUACCUGGAAACAUACCAAGCAAUUGAUAUUGGAAAAGCAGUUUCUAUUGAGCCCCCAAAUGAAGAGUGAGUGCAGAUGAAGAGGAGGCAGGACUCACAAGCCCUUGACCUUCAUUCCAGAUCUGUUAGCACCUACAGGACCCUGCACCGGGAUUUCAUCUGUACUAUCAGCUUCUUCAAAGAGAGAGAGGUUGUUGAAUGUUGCCAACUGUCUCUGCAAAGAGGUUGUACCAAUUUGUCUUCCCUAGGCCAUGUAUGGAAUUAUCAUGGCCCUGCAUUUUCCAUUUAAUGAGGAUACAGCAUAAACACCAACUCACCGAUUGAGUUUUCUUUUCUUUUCUUUUCUUUUUUAUUAUACUUUAAGUUUUAGGGUACAUAUGCACAACGUGCAGGUUAGUUACAUAUGUAUACAUGUGCUAUGUUGGUGUGCUGCACCCAUUAACUCAUCAUUUAACAUUAAGUAUAUCUCCUAAUGCUAUCCCUCCCCCCUCCCCCCAGCCCACAACAGGCCCCGGUGUGUGAUGUUCCCCUUCCUGUGUCCAUGUGUUUUCAUUGUUCAAUUCCCACCUAUGAGUGAGAACAUGCAGUGUUUGGUUUUUUGUCCUUGCGAUAGUUUGCUGAGAAUGAUGGUUUCCAGCUUCAUCCAUUUCCCUACAAAGGACAUGAACUCAUCAUUUUUUAUGGCUGCAUAGUAAUCCAUGGUGUAUAUGUGCCACAUUUUCUUAAUCCAGUCUAUCAUUGUUGGACAUUUGGGUUGGCUCCAAGUCUUUGCUAUUGUGAAUAGUGCCGCAAUAAACAUACAUGUGCUUGUGUCUUUAUAGCAGCAUGAUUUAUAAUCCUUUGGGUAUAUACCCAGUAACGGGAUGGCUGGGUGAAAUGGUAUUUCUAGUUCUAGAUCCCUGAGGAAUCGCCACACUGACUUCCACAAUGGUUGAACUAGUUUACAGUCCCACCAACAGUGUAAAAGUGUUCCUAUUUCUCCACAUCCUCUCCAGCACCUGUUGUUUCCUGACUUUUUAAUGAUCACCAUUCUAACUGGUGUGAGAUGGUAUCUCACUGUGGUUUUGAUUUGCAUUUCUCUGAUGGCCAGUGAUGAUGAGCAUUUUUCAUGUGUCUUUUGGCUGCAUAAAUGUCUUCUUCUGAGAAGUGUCUGUUCAUAUCCUUUGCCCACUUUUUGAUGGGGUUGUUUUUUUUUUUUCUUGUAAAUUUAUUUGAGUUCAUUGUAGAUUCUUAUUCCAGGACAUAUUUAAGACAUAAAGUUGGAUCAUUAUCUUUCCAUUUGGUAAUUUAAAUGUGAAAUAUGCCAUUUAUAGGAAAAUAAAAUGUGGAAAAUGAAAAAUAAUCUAACAUUCCAACAAAAGUAUAUCACAUUAGCAAAUAUUAAUAAUAUAGUGAAACCCAUUAUUUGUACAGAUCUUGGAAAAUGAGUAUUCAUAUCUUGUAUUUCAUUGUGACAACUUAGCAAAGAGAUUUUAAGGUGAAUUAGACAAAUGUUUAAUAUUCAUGCUUUUUGAGGAAGCAGUCCCACUUGUGGAAACUUAUACUCUAGUUAACAGCCUGAGAGGUCCUUGCCAUCAUCAAUCAUGUGUCCCUCCUGCUCAGUGCUGAGCUGACCAUUUGCCUAAUUGGCUUGGUGCCUUAAGGACUCCCUGACCCUGUUCCGUCCAUCCUUUUAUCCAAAGAGAAAAAUAGGUCUCAUGGCUGGAUGCCCAAUUUCAACGGACCAUAUACUGAUCAAACCCAAGGGUUGAUAUGGAGCAGUGCUCAGAUCCUUACUCCUGGAGGGACAAGUAGAUCUCUGGCCUCAUCCCUAUUUGGGAUAAAUCUCUCUUCCUCUCCUUUCUCUAUGUCCUCAGAGGCCUUCCCUUUCCUACCAGAUAACAAGCAGUCCAAUCUUUCCCUUAAGUUUAAGUUUCCUAAAGAAUGGAAGAAACUGGAUUCAGACAUCUUUGGCUCCCAACCCUGUCAUAAACCUCCCCUAAGGCAAGGGGAAGGAACACCAAGCCUGGUUCCUUGCUGGAAAUGCAAGGAGGAUAAACACAGGGAGGACAGACAUUAACUUCCUUAACAGUAUGUGUCCAGAUACAUUUGCUAAAUAUCUGCCACCAGCACUUAAGGUGCCCAGGUUGCCAGCUACUAUCUCUGGCUCUCUCAGUUUCUGUGGUAAUCAAAUCCUUUGCCAUUCUACUUUGCCCUUGCUCAUCUGUAAAAGGGAACUCACAAUGCCUUUCUUAGACAAAUUUUCUGUGGGGUAAAUGAGAAAUCCCAUACAGAGUAGAUGGCACCUAGUAGAACUUCAACGAAUGGUCAUCCAGGCCCACCUUUUUCCUCCCUCCCAGAGAAGUGAUGACUGUUAUCUAAACCAAGCAGCAUAACUGCCACAGAGACCACCUGGAAGGAGAGCAGGAAGAUGGAGCAUGUGCUCACACUUACAUUAUACAUGGACCUUUGGGGCCAUUUCUGUGUUGCAGGAUGGUUUGCUGAGGUAUUGGAGUGAGAUGAGAAGAUCGUCAAACCAAUCCCCUAUCAUUUUCUGCCACCUCAUUUGAUCUGCUACGUUGAUUUGGAAAAGCAGUUUCUAUUGAGCCUCAAAUGAAGAGAGAGUGCAGAUGAAGAGGAGGCAGGAGUCAUAAGCCUUUGACCCUUAUACCAGACCCAUUACCACCUAUAGGACCUUGCACUGGGAUUUCAUCUGCACGAUCAGCUCUUUCAAAGAGAGAGAGGUUGUUGAAAUAUUUUCAGUCCAAGAUUGGUUGCAUUCAUGUAUGCAGAAUCCACAGAUACAAAAGGUCAACUGUACUUAUUUAUUUAAUUCUCACCAUAACCUAUGAGAAGGAUCUAUUGUUGCCUGACUUUAGAAAAAAGGAAACUGAGGUACAGUGAAGACAGAGUUAGCAAGUGCCAAGGCUUAGAUUUGAACACAGGCUGUGUGGCUCCUGAGUAAAUUCAUCUAUCCAGUGUGUGCUGCUGCCUCUCAAAUGAUGAGAAAAAUCUUGCUUUUUCAGGCCGGGCACAGUGGCUCACGCCUGUAAUCCCAGUUACAGGGAUCACCUGGUGAUCUCAGUGAUAGAUAACACCAGGUUUCAUUUGGUCUCUAAAUUCAGGCUCUGCAGUGAAGGAAGGGAAUUAUCAGGAUGACAGGCCUUAACACUGGAUCCUCAUCAACAUCUUCCACUAUGUCCUGAAGAUAAACUUCUAAAAGAGAAUUGUUGGUGCAAAAGGUGUACACCUACGUAACCCUUUGCUAGGUAUUGGCAUACUGACACCCAUAAAGGUAGUUCCGUUUAGGCUUCCCAAGUGGAGUCAUGUGGCUGCAGAGGAAUGAAGAAACUAGUAAUGUUGACAUCUAGUCACACAAGGCAGGCGCUGGACUUUGUCAUGGAUCAACUCUCAAGCCACUACCAUAAUUGGAGGAUGUGGAAGUGAUCAGAAGUUAUCAAAUUUUGCACACAAGCAAAACCCAAGGUAGCAUGAGGGGAAAGGGGACAGUCAUUGCUUGGAGGAACACAGGAAAGAGCAGAUUGGGAUAUAGCAACAGUUGUAUACAUUCACGUUUAUAUGAAGCAGAUUGAUAUUGGAAAAGCAGUUUCCCAUUGAGUCUCAAAUGAAGAGAGUGCAGAUGAAGAGGAGGUAGGAGUCACAAGCCCUUGACCCUCAUACUAGACCCAUUACCACCCACAGGACCUUACAGUGGGAUUUCAUCUGCACCUUCAGCUUCUUCAGAGAGAGAGGUUGUUGAAAGACUCUGUAUUGAACCAAGGUGCUCUACACGGUAGCCCCUACUAAGCUCCCAGCAGAUGCCAGCAUCAGUCAUCCAUCUCUUCAUGUGGAUGUCUGAGCUCAUAUCAGGUGUCUGAAAGAGGCAGAUUCUGAGGAUUUGGGUCAUGAUGGCUGCCAAAGCUUCUACUCCUGACUUAAAGGGCAACAAUCCUAGGAGACCACCAGCACUUACAUCCCUGGUAGGACAUGACACCUGCUUAUGACUGUCCUGAUAUUUCCUAUUAUCUACACUGUGUGGAUGGCAUCUUUUCAGAGUCUGUGCACUGCUGAAGGGCACAGUUACGGGCACAGUUCCUGUGACUAUUUGCGCUGGCUCAGAAGUGACAAAAGAGAAUUAUCAGGAUGGCAGUCCCUAUAACCAGAUGCUUAUCAACACUCUUCACUACAUUCUGAAGAUGAAUUUCUACAAGGGAAAUUGUUUAUGGAGGCAACAGAUGGCUGAAAUUCUGAUCCGAUGUGGCUGGUUAAUGCACGAUCUGAAAACCCCUGCACUGGUGAUUUUGGGACAGAUCUAGAAUAUACCAAUGAAUAUAUUAACAUACCAAGUAGUCUAGGAGCAGCCACUGGGCAAACACCAAACCUUGCAUCCCUGGUGCUGUCUCUGAGCUCAGCAGACCCGUCUUUGCAGAAGAGUUCUAUAAUGGUGGUACAAUGGCACCCCCUCGUGACAGAAGCUUGAACUACAGCUUGAACAUCGAGAUGAAAAUAUACUGUCUACAUUGUUCAACACAAUAGCUAAUGGCAACUGUGGCAGUUGAACACCCGAAACGUGAUGAAUGUGACUGAGGAACUGAACUUUUAGUUUCAUUGUGACAUGGUGAAUGAAUUUAUUGAGCCCCAGGAAGAAGGAAAAUUAAAGAAGAGCAAAGAAUAAUAGCUGGACAGAAGAUGGGGGUCAUUGAACCUAUAUCCUAGUUGCCAGACCAGUAAACUGACCAUGGGACCUGGGGGAGGCAGCAGAUGACCGAAAACCUGGAGUGAUGUGGCUGAAUACUGCAUGAUCUGAAGACUGCACUGAUGGCUGCGAAAAAUAGGCCCGGCACCGCCUCUGCGCACAACCCUGCUGGUCUGGCCCGGGCGAGGGGCGGGGCCAGCACGAUGAGCGCCCCGGGCAGCCCCGACCAGGCCUACGACUUCCUGCUCAAGUUCCUGUUGGUGGGCGACAGCGACGUGGGCAAGGGCGAGAUCCUGGAGAGCCUGCAGGACGGCACGGCCGAGUCCCCGUACAGUCACCUGGGAGGAAUCGACUACAAGACGACCACCAUCCUGCUGGACGGCCAGCGGGUGAAGCUGAAGCUCUGGGAUACGUCGGGGCAGGGAAGAUUUUGUACCAUAUUCCGCUCCUACUCUCGUGGUGCACAAGGAGUGAUCCUGGUCUACGACAUUGCAAACCGCUGGUCUUUCGAGGGUAUGGAUCGAUGGAUUAAGAAGAUUGAGGAACAUGCCCCUGGUGUCCCUAAAAUCCUGGUGGGGAAUCGCCUACAUCUGGCAUUCAAGAGGCAGGUGCCCAGGGAGCAGGCCCAGGCCUACGCCGAGCGCCUGGGUGUGACCUUCUUUGAGGUCAGCCCUCUGUGCAAUUUCAACAUCAUAGAGUCUUUCACGGAGCUGGCCAGGAUCGUGCUGCUGCGGCACAGGUUGAACUGGCUCGGGAGGCCGAGCAAGGUACUGAGCUUGCAAGACCUCUGCUGCCGCACCAUCGUGUCCUGCAUACCUGUGCAUCUGGUGGACAAGCUCCCGCUCCCCAUUGCCUUAAGAAGCCACCUCAAGUCCUUCUCCAUGGCUAAGGGCCUGAAUGCCAGGAUGAUGCGAGGCCUCUCCUACUCCCUCACCACCAGCUCCACUCACAAAAGGAGCAGCCUCUGCAAAGUGAAGAUCGUCUGCCCACCCCAGAGCCCACCCAAAAACUGCACCAGAAACAGCUGCAAAAUUUCUUAAGGAAGGCACCAAAAGGAAACAAGCUGGAAUCGCUCCAGGAAAAACUCUGAAUGGUUACACCUGGAAGAGGGAAGAUGCAUUCUAGAUUCAAAGAAAUACGUUUUCAGUUUCUCAUGGGAACAAUGCUGCUUGGGAAUGUGUGUGAUGCCUUCUGUCAAUAAAAGCACUUUACGCAGUUUGACUUUGAAUUUCUACGUGGAUGUGCAUGUGUUUAUAAAGGGGAAAUUAGUACUCUGCUCAAACCCCUGAUAACAUGAAAUUUUGAAUGUUCCUUAUAACAUAAUCACACUGCAUCUUUUUCCUUAAAAUAACCGCUUUUGUAAGAAUGGUGAUAUGACAGUUAAAUUCAAGGGAAUUUGAGAUGCAAUGAUAGUGAGAUCAUUCCGAGUCAUUGAUAUUACUAGAGGGGCCUUUUUGUAAACCUCCUUUUUGAUGUCAAAGCACCAAUUUAUAAAACACUGCAGAUGCAUAUAGAGAUUAUACGUAACAGAUCUGUCCAGUUUGUGCACGAAAUGGAUUUGAUAAAGUUUUUGCUAUGUUAUUUUACUACAUUUGGAGAUUAAUAAGUGAUUUAUAUGUAUGUUUUUCUGUAAAUCUACUUUUUUGUACAAGAUGUUCUACAAGAUAUGAAGCUAAGGGAGGAAAACGCCAAAGAUAUCUCUAGUUAUGUUGAACAUAGCCAACAUGGUUUCAAUGGGUCAGUAAGAAAAAAGCCAUUUCAGUAAGGAAUGAAAUAAGUACUUAUUUAUGAAAAUGUUUCUUAACAAUAAAAAAGUAUAUAUUUUUAUCUUUUGGUAAAAUGAAAAGAAAAAGAAAGAAAAAUAUGUGUAAUGUAACCCUGCAAGAUUAGGCUUUGCAGAAAAACAAUGCAAUAGAACACGGGGGGCCAGGCCCAUUAUAAGGCCUUAGGUGAGUCAUUUCCCCUGUGCUGGCCAGUUUUGGUUAACACCUCUCAGAUCGAUAUAGAGGUUAAUGAGAUCACAUCUGGGAAAGCACUUCUGAGACCUUAGAUGGGAAGGAAGGAGAAGUGAUCUCCAUGUAGUUACUUUCCAGUUUACACUGUGGAUUAUUAUAAUUGAUAUUGGAUGAACUGAGUAAAUAUAAGUCCUUGUACUCUUUUGUAAUUGAAUGACCAUUUAUUUGUGCAUUGUCAUAGGGUGAUUGUAACAUAAAGUCCCGCAGAAGGGCAGUACCUCUGGCCUCAGGGAGCCAUGGGGACUCACCCUUCCUGAACUCUGGUACUUUUCUAUCUCAUGAAUUUCCCACAACAUUCCUGGGAGGUAGAGGAUAUAAUCUCUACACCAUCCUGUAGCUUAAGAAACAGUGAUGUUUGCAGGUUAAGCAACCUGGCUGGGGAGCAUCCUGCCACUAAGUGGAAAAGCAGGGACCGGCACCCUAUAUGCCCCCAUGCAGACUGCGAUGCUGAGCUGCACAUCACACCAUAACCAAGCAAAUCUUGCUUUCCUGCUGACCCGGGUCACUACUGAAAUCUGUAUCUUCAGCUCUGAAGCCAGGCUGCCAGUUCUGUCUCUCUUAUGAAAGACAGCGAACCUUGUCAGACCUAAAUUUCCUACUCUGUAGACAAGGGAGUGUGUCUGGGCCAUUGCUUUAGAAACUGGAGUCCGCAGACAGUUCCUGUAUCAGGAAGAAUAUGCACUCUCAGAGGGACAAGGGUCAUGCUGAGGAUGAAUACUUGAAGGAGCAGGCCCUAAACACAUGCAGAUCGGGGAUGCAUAGAGUCUUUAAUAGAAAUUACCUAAUCAACCUGGAAAGAGGUUGUACUAAAUGACAUCCCCACCACCAAUAUGAAACAGGGUAGACUUCCCUGCAUGCCCACCUUACUGGAAUCCUGAAUGAUUUCUUUUUAUACUUUGAUGAUAUGACAGGUGGAAAUUCUUUCAUUGUCAUUAUAUUUAAUUCGAUGUUCAGAUAACUUUAAAAAUUCCCUAGUAUACAAAAUGCUCUAAUAAUCAUCAUUGCAUUAUAUUUUUAUUGCAAAAUGGUCCAUUUUCACAUGUAGCCUAAAAACAAUGAGCAACAGGCACUUGAGUCUGCAGGUUCUAGAGCUACUGCUGGCAUUACAUUUCCAGGGUGUGUGUGUGGCCUCUGGGUGCUUCUAAUGACACUGUUUUCAUAGAAGGGGAUUAAGAAUGUCUCUCCAUGACAUUGGUUGACUUCAAAUUUGGAGAGGAUCUGGAUCUGCACUUUAUGGAGUCUUUUUGAAUGACACAAGAGCUGGACCACAACACGCUUCUGAGCAGGCUGUAAUCUUUUCCCCAUUGUGGAAAGCAAGCCUGUCUGUGACCUCACCUGCUCAAGUCAGGGUGGAUCCCUCCAGGAUGUAAGGUGUGGAAGUCGGCCUAAAUCUGCUUCUGAACACUGAAGCUGGGUGCUCCCAUCUUGCUGUCAUCCGUUGCAGAGACCUGAAAAAUUGCCUGCUCUCAGCCACCAAUGCCACAGAUUCAGUCACUUGUCUGAGAACUCUGUCCUGAGACAUAAAAUACCAUAAAUUACCAGCAGCUGUUUGACACAUCUUGCAUCCAUCCAUCCAUCCAUCCAUCCAUCCAUCCAUCCAUCCAUCCUUGCAGUUAAUAGACAUUAAGGCCAAACUCUACACGAUCCCUUUUGUGAAGUUUUAGGCUUCCCCAGAAUAGAAACAAGGAAGUAAAGUGUGGAAAUAGGGGCGUGGUGAAUUCAGUUUGUAGAUCUAAAAAGAGAUGGCCCCUUCCUCUUAAUAUUCAACCUGAAAGGGUCUCUUAUCAUUGAUAAUUUUAAAACAUAAUUUAAUACCCUGGACCCCUCUCUACAUCCACAGUUACGGUUCUCUUUACAUAUAUUCUCUCCAUUGCAACCAAAGUUCUAUGAAGAAUUCUCAAUACUCAACUCACAUUCCUCCACCUCAGUCCUCAUUGCUCAUCUAAUGGCGCUUUGUUCCCCCACCCCACCACUGAAAUGAAACCCACCAAGGUCUACAGCCACUUCUUUUUCACAUUUAUAGAUCAAGAAUGUUGAAAUAAACAUCCUAAUGUUUUCACCUGUGUAAUAUUUCAGGAGUUUUCUUAUGCAGGUACUUAUAAAUUUAUUCAGAAAUGUAUGCAUUUAUAUACUUAUCUUCAAAAGAUAAGGUUCAUCCUACAUUUAAUAUCAUAACUUGCUUGUUUCACUGAGAACAUACCUCAAAGUUUAUUGAUUAUGAAUAAACAUGAGUCUAUACCAUAGAGAUAGUAGAGAUACUAAUGGCCAGUAAAGACAGAAGAAAAGAAAUUAAAAUAGCUAAAACAUAUUCUUUGCCAAGUCCUUUUUAGGCAUUGAGUCAUUCAAUUUUCAGAGCACCCUUACAAGGUAGAAACUGUUACUAAUUCCCAUUUCGUAGAUGAAAAUCUGAAGUACAGAGUGAAUAAAGACUUUGCCUGAGACCACACAGUUAGGGAGAGGGAGAGCUUAGAUGUGUGUCCAGUACAUCAUGCUCCAAAGCCUGGGAGACUGUCAAAGCUCUGUUGUUAGGUGAAAGAAGCAGUCUGCGCAAGCAUGCAUACUUUGGGAGGUUACUAAAAUGAAUAUUUUGUAUAUUAAUAUAUUUAUAUGAAAAGCUAGAUAUAAUGAGAAAAGGUGGAUGAUUAUGACCUUGGUGAGAGGACAUUCAUUGCAAUCAUAUGGACAGAAGAUAUAGUACAGUGGGAUAAGCAAUCAAAGGGAAAUGAGGACUGUAGAAAACCCUUUUCCAAAAUUUGAAUUUAAAGGUUAUAUAUGUAUAUCAUAUACACAUUUAGUAAUUGGCAAAUGAAAGAAUGGAUAAUUGUGUGUCAAAGGUAUGCCAGUAAUGCUAAGAUUUUUGUCCCUCAGGGAGGCAGCAGGUGGCUGAAAUGCUGGUUGCUGUGGCUGGCUAAUGCAUGACCUGAGGACCUGUGCACAGGUGACUACAGGACAGGUCCAGAAUUUUUCUAUAAAUAUAUUAACAUAGCAAGUAGCCCAGAAGCAGCCUCUGGGCAAACACCAAACCUUGCAUCUCUGGUGCUAUCUAUCUCUGAGCUCGCCAGGUGAUUUCCCAGUCAUGCCUAUCUUGCACACUGCCCCCACCCACAACCUGGGAAGCUGGAUUUGGGUGUGCUCAGAAGCAUGAUGUUGAGUAGUUUGUAUGAGACAAUGAAAUACUUCAAAAUGCAGAAUACUUUCUUUCUCUGAAACUUUGAACUUAAGGCAUAUUUCAGAGAUACUUGCUUCCUUCAACCAGAUGUUUGUGUUCCCAUGAGAAGAAAUAAUGAGAUGUUUCCCUAGGGUCCUACAAAUGUGAGCAUUAAAUAUAAUUUGUUUGUUUUUAUUUUAGAGUAUUUUCAUUAGAUCUAGAUACUUCUAUGUUUGUCUUGAUUGACUCUAUUGCAUUAUUUUAUUUGACCUUCAGAUAGUUUUAUCUUCGUGAAGUGGGAGCCCCUCUAGUUUGGCUUCUGGUCUUUUUGACAUGUCUUCUGGUAUGUUAGUUGGGUCCAGCAUCAUCAGCUACAAUUCCUACCCAGACCUGGAAUAAAGCACUUCUCCAAAUAACCUGAUUCCUUUUAAUGGGAAAUGUUUUUAGUAAAUUCAAUCUGGAGACUAGCGUUGCUCAUUGCUAUUAGAUUGGUCCUUGUUUCUUGUCCUUUUCUGUGCAUGGAUCCAGCAAAUAUGUAUUAUGUUUUUAAGGGAAUACACAUGAUUGUCUUCCAUCCUGGGCUGUUCCUCCAUCCCUUACAUGCAGUCAUUUUGAUCAAUUUUUUUUGAGACAGGGUCUCAUUCUGUCACCCAGGCCAGAAUGCAGUGGCACAAUCACAGCUCACUGCAGCCUCUCCACUCCCCAGGCUCAAGUAAUUCUUCCAUUUCAGCCUCUGCAGUAACUGGGACCACAGGCAUGCAUCACCACACCCAGCUAUGUUUUUCUUUUUAAUUUUUAGUAGAGAGGCCAUCUUGCUAUGUUGCCCAGGAUAUUGAUCAAUUUUUGUUUUAAGAUUCAAAUUUAUAAUAUUAUAACCAAAUGUAAUAUUUGUAUUAGACUUCUCCUAUUUCAUAGGUGGCAUAUUCUACAUUAGUGGAGUCCAAUAGAAUUUCUGUAGAGGUGAACAUAUUCUGUGUCUACACUGUCAAACACAGUAGCCACUAGCUACCUGUGGUAUUGAAUAUGUGAAAUGUGGUGAAUGUAACUGAGGACCUAAAUUUUUAGUUUUAUCUAAAAUAAAAUAUAUCUAAAAUACCUUGUUUAAAUAACUACACGGGGUCAGUGCCUACCAUAUUGAACAGCAACAGCUCCACACAUUUUUCUGUGCCUUGCUUCUUUCACUUAAUAGUAUAUCCUGAAAAUCAUUACAUGGCAGUAGAGAAAGAGAGUCCUCCUUGCUUGGUAUAUGUGCAUUGUACUCUAAGAUGUAGAUGCACCUUAUUCAAUCAAUCCCCUUUUAGUGGACAUUUGUCUUAUUUAUAGUCUUGUCCUGUUACAAAUUGUUCUUCUAGGAAUGACCUUGUUCUCCUGCCUUUUUGUCUUUUUGAAAUGUAUGUUUGGGAUAGAUUCUUAGAAUAGAGAUUGCUGGUUCCUGGAGAAGACACCUGUGCCUCAUAAAAUAGAGAGGGAACAGGGAGUCCAGCCUGACUGGAGUGAAGAGUGGGGGCCUCCCAGGGGAGCAGACAGGGCUCUGAGAUAACUGGGCACUCCAGGUCUGAGGCCAUCCAGAUUUGGGACUGAUUGUGGAAGAACACAUUUGCUUCGGUGAUAUGCUGCAUGUCACCUUUACACCCUGAAAUUACACAAAUUUGGUGAGAACAGGAGUGUCCUGAAGACCUCUCACAGGUCCACGGGCGCAGGAAGGAGACAGGAGCACUGAAAAUAGUGAAGUGGUUGAUGUCAGUGCCCUAAGCCUUCAUUAAAGUGAGAAACAAAAGAGGAAGGAUUUACCACUAAUUGGGUCCUCAGGCUGUCUGGAAAUCAUACACCUACUAUAGUUUCUCUCUGACCCCAGGUCUGAUGGUCUCCCAUCUGCCAGCAUAUUUAUGCCUUCCUCCUGGAGGCACAUUCUUAGCCAGAACACUCUCUCCAGGAGGUCACACUUUCCAUGCUUUCAUUUGUUUUCUUCUUGUAUCCUCCCUGAGAUGUUUCAUGAGGCUUUUCUCCUCUGUUGCCUCAGCUCCUUUCAUCAGCUCAGUGAGUUGUAUCACAAUUCAACACUGCUCUGACAAAUUUAGGCACAAUUUAACACUCACCUUUACUAUCAUUUACAUGUUGCAUCUUUGCAGUUAUUUCUGUAGAGUUAAAUUUGUGAUCCUACCCCAACAGAGCUGCAUGUGUUGACCAAAUGCCCCUUUCUGCUUAGGCAACUCUGUGCUGCUGUAGACUCAUGGCUCACCAUAAUUUACUCAAAUGGGCAGCUUUUCUGUUGUCCACAUUACAUGACCUUUUCAACUGUGUUCUGUAGAAUCUCUGUGCAGGAUUUCCUCCUGGGAUGUGAUGGUUUAUUUCUGGAUUUUAGUCAUGGUAUCUUCACAUGUUCCCACGUGCAAAAUUGACCCUAUCACUCUGCAUCCUUGUUGGAUGCCUUCAGUGAUUUACUAGGUGGGCCCACAAUGCCCCUUUCAUUUCUCUCUAAAUGCAUCUCUCUGCCAACUUACUCAAGGUAGGGAGUAAAGAAGAUGCAGGAGAUGAUUCCUGGGCUGCCCUGAGUCCUUUGACCUGGGAGGAUGCAUUUAAUACCCAGGAAGUGGAUCUGACAAAAUUCGAUUGGUGGUGUUAGCACGGUUUAUAACAUCUGGAAAACACUGCAUUCAAAGGGAGAUAUUUUUUAAGAGAAGAGAAAAUGUCAUUUGAGGCCAAAGUAACCUACUGCCCAAUGUGGUGAUAUUCAGAUCCUGUCUAUUUAGAAUAUAAGGAAAAUAUGUACCCCAUCCUAGGAUAUCUCACAAAUUUAUUAAUUCAUACAUUCAUGGGUGAUAAUGUGCCCUGAACAGUGGUAAGUGCCUGAGUGCCCAGCUCUUUCAAUGGCAUGGUCAAUAAAGUCCUGUUAAUAUCUGCCAUUUAUAGUAUAGUCUUCAAUAUUUACUCUACAUAUAUUGAGGACCAAUCAGAUCUUGUACUUCCUGCUUCAACCAUCAAACAGAAUUUGGCUAUCUCAAGAGGAAUAUGGAAAUCUAUUCUAUUUAACUGUAAUAGUGUUUUUUCUGUUGUUCUUUAUUCCUUAUAGAUGUUUCUGGACUCUUUCAAUUAUUAAUUAUUUUGAUAAAAGGGAUUUUAAACUUUUAAAGACAUUGGAAGUUGGCUGGGCGAGUUGGCUCACGCCUGUAAUCCCAGCACUUUGGGAGGCCGAGGCGGGUGGAUUACGAGGUCAGGAGUUUGAGACCAGCCUGGCCAAGAUGGUGAAACCCCAUCUCUACUAAAAAUACAAAAA